AUCGAUUUCAAACACGACAAAACUCUGUUUAAAACCGAGGCGUAUAACAUUACUCAAGCCGUUACUCGUAUGGUUGAGAAUAUCAUCAUACAAUCCACUGAAAAAGAUCCUCACUUUAAAAUCAGAUCUCUACAGUUGAUAGGAAGCAUGUACGAAGAAACGAAGAUUUCGGUGCCCAACGAGUUCGACUUUUUCGCAGUGUUUGAUUAUUAUGUUAUUGGCGAAUGAAUAUUUGGUUUAGAAACCGGGCGUCGGCCUGGUUUUACCAAAAUUCGUGUAAAGGAAAUUUCUAAAGAGUGGUUAGACUGCUGCCAAGGACUUUAUCUGUCUCCACACAUUUGUAUGAGAAAAUUUGAAAGCUUGCUUCCAUCACAAAUAGCAGACAUCGAACCAAUCACCACACCAUCAGGAACAUUGCAUGGCUGGAAGAGGAGAAAAAGGACAUUCGAUUUGUAUUGGAAAGAUGCAGAUGGUUCUAAAAUUGACAUUGCAGUGGACAUUAUGCCGGCUUUUCCUGUGAUCUACAGAGAUCUUCCAACAACAUUGCGCGAGGCUUGCACGGACACCAGAAUGCACGAGAUUGGACCUAAUCAAGCUUGCUUCUUAAUUCCGAGGUCAUGUGAACAUUAUUACGAGGGGAAGUGUUGGCAUAAUUCAUUUGCGCAUGCGGAGAGUGAAUUAGUUAGAAAGAUGGACGCAGGAAAAAAGAAAUGCCACCGUGUUUUAAAACAGUUGUUUACCGAUGACUUGAUGGGCAAGUCAGGAUUCCUAACAUCCUAUGCAUUGAAAUCUGCAAUAAUGUACAAGUCCAAGAAAGAGUUUAACAAUGAAUUAGAUUUUCUUUUGUACAUUUUCAUACAUUUUGCGAAGUGUUUUGAUCAAACUUGCAUGCCAACCUACUUCUUGACCAAAACAAACGUGUGGAAAAACAUCAUUGAACAUCGCACACAAAAUAUUUGGGACACAAAAUUCUUGUACGAUUACCAUGUGAAGAGACAAAUUAUAGAGCAUAUUGACAAAGAUGAACUCAAAGAUCCCCCUUGCUUCCCUGCGUGGAAUGUGGCAGUAAUCCUGGAAUUCUGGCGUCGGAUGAUGAUUCUGUUUAUAGUACUUUUCUGUAGAGCCGAGUCAUCCAUGGCUUUAGACUUUGCUUUCAGUUUAAUAGACGAUGUCCACUCCAAAAGCAACAAAUUUUAUAUGGAAAGGCUGAAAGACUGGAAGAUUAAUUGGCUGGUAGCAGCGCCUCAGUUUGAUGUGAUGACAUUAAGAAAAAAUCACAGAAAGGUUAUAAGAGCUCUCGACAUUCCCGUAUACACGGAAUUGGUAGACGAGUUGCACAAAUAUAAAUUUCUUGAUAUGAGGGCCUGGUUGAACAGUUUGGUUUUAAAUAAUCAGUAUAAAUUUGAGGCAGGAAAUAAUACGUUUAUCAAUCUCGAUGUUCGUAGACUUUCUAAUGUAUAUAUGCCCUACAUGUCCUCAUGUAAAAGCGAUGCCUUAUUAUAACGCCAGGUUUACACCAAUCGGUAGCAUUUCAAAAACUACAAUGUCAAUAGAAUUGCUGCAUUCUUAUAUGCAAAAGAACGAAUGUUCAUUCAGUUACUGAGAACUGAUUCAGAACCUUUUGUAAUGACCCUUGAUCUCUAAAUUAAAGCAGCUUCCAUUGCAAUGAAGAUAAAGGGCACAUUCAAGGAUCACGUCAACACUAUGAAUAUUGCAAAACGGCAACUACAAAGUUUGAACCUCAAAAUUCAAAGUCUGACACUUGCUAUUUCUGAAUAUGAGAGGACGUCCUACAUGUACAUAUAGAAAGAAACAUCAAACAAUAUUAAAUCCUGUGCAGUCGGAAUAUAGGUAAACUGACAUUUAAUAGGUGUCCAAAAUUAUGAUUUGUUAAAAAAUAUGCAGAGAUGAACUUCAGUUUUGAUUCAAGAUUCUUUUUUGGAGAACAUCUUGCUUGUUAUUCUGCAUUGAAAGUAAUUAUGCAUGUCAUUGAACAGUAUUCUAAAUUUACAACCA